CCGUGCCCGAAGGAACUCGAAGGUCUUCGGCAAGUUCCGCCUCCAGCGCUGAGGGCGGGGCCGCUCGAGCUCCUCCGGGCCGAGCUCGGCUGUUUCCGUGCGCGGCCGCUGCGCACUCGGCACUGGGCGGCGCUGGCUGGCUCCCUGGCUGCGAGUCCUCAGUCGGCGGCGGCUGCUGCUGCCUGUGGCCCGGGCGGCUGGGAGAAGCGGAGUGUUGGUGAGUGACGCGGCGGAGGUGUAGUUUGACGCGGUGUGUUACGUGGGGGAGAGAAUAAAACUCCAGCGAGAUCCGGGCCGCGAACGAAAGCAGUGACGGAGGAGCUUGUACCACCGGUAACUAAAUGACCAUGGAAUCUGGAGCAGAGAACCAGCAGAGUGGAGAUGCAGCUGUAACAGAAGCUGAAAGCCAGCAAAUGACAGUUCAAGCCCAGCCACAGAUUGCCACAUUAGCCCAGGUAUCUAUGCCAGCAGCUCAUGCAACAUCAUCUGCUCCCACCGUAACUUUAGUACAGCUACCCAAUGGGCAGACAGUUCAAGUCCAUGGAGUUAUUCAGGCGGCCCAGCCAUCAGUUAUUCAGUCUCCACAAGUCCAGACAGUUCAGUCUUCCUGUAAGGACUUAAAAAGACUUUUCUCCGGAACUCAGAUUUCAACUAUUGCAGAAAGUGAAGAUUCACAGGAGUCAGUGGAUAGUGUAACCGAUUCCCAAAAACGAAGAGAAAUUCUUUCAAGGAGGCCUUCCUACAGGAAAAUUUUGAAUGACUUAUCUUCUGAUGCACCAGGAGUGCCAAGGAUUGAAGAAGAGAAGUCUGAAGAGGAGACUUCAGCACCUGCCAUCACCACUGUAACGGUGCCAACUCCGAUCUACCAAACUAGCAGUGGACAGUAUAUUGCCAUUACCCAGGGAGGAGCAAUACAGCUGGCUAACAAUGGUACCGAUGGGGUACAGGGCCUGCAGACAUUAACCAUGACCAAUGCCGCUGCUACUCAGCCGGGUACUACCAUCCUACAGUAUGCACAGACCACUGAUGGACAGCAGAUCUUAGUGCCCAGCAACCAAGUUGUUGUUCAAGCUGCCUCUGGAGAUGUACAAACAUACCAGAUUCGCACAGCACCCACUAGCACCAUUGCCCCUGGAGUUGUUAUGGCGUCCUCCCCAGCACUUCCUACACAGCCUGCUGAAGAAGCAGCACGAAAGAGAGAGGUUCGUCUCAUGAAGAACAGAAUCCAGUCCAGGGUACCACAUUGCACUUAGUCAUCGUGGCUCCUCAUCCCCUCCAGUCUGUGACAGUUCUUUCCUUGUCUUUCAUGGGCUUGCCACUUUUGAAGAGUAGUAGUUACGUUUCUUUCAGAAUAUCCCUCACUUUGGGCCUGUGUGAUGUUUUUAUUAUGAUUAGAUGAAGGUAAUGGACUUGGGGGAAGAAUACCACAAAGAUGUAGUCUGCCCUUCUUGUCACUUCAUAUCAGGGAGCACAUACCAGCAUGACUCAUUACUGGCAAUGUUAACUUUGAUCACUUGGUUAAAGUGCUGUCCAAGUGUUCCUGCUGCACUUACCAUUUUUCUCUUUUUACACACUAUUCCUUAGAAGCAAGUCACGGAUUUAGAAAGGGAGGAGAAUUAAACUCCACCUCCUGGAAAGGAGAGUAUCAAAGAACUUGGGGUCAUAGGUGAAAACCAACAUGGUAAUUGGUGUUACUUUCGCAGAGUUGCUUGGAGACUAUGCAAAUAUUUUAUUUCUCUUUCAAGUUUUUCCCACUAAUUUUAGUAUUCACAGGGGAAUCUUUCCUGCAGUAAUUAUUACUGUGAUAUUCUAAUGAGGAUUUUCUAUUUCCCCAUCCGUUCUACAUUUACUAACUGGAAUUCUUCUAUAAGGAAGAUUUGUCCCUUCCCCACAUAUUUAUUUAUUUCAGUACAGUCUUAUAGAUACUUUAUUCUUUGGGCUAUAAUUCAGUAUUAUUUAAUUAUGAUAAGAUUAUUCCGGUUUGGGCCAUCGGGAGCUCUUACAAGUUGGUUCCUGUGUCCUUUAGAUGGCGCCUUAUUUUUCUUCAAGCACAUCUUUACUUUCUGGCCCUACAAGAUCAUCUGGGUUAAACUUCUCAUCUUGUGUUUUCCCUGCUUUAGCCUUGAAAUCAGCCAUUUAUUCAGUGAGUCCUAGCUUCUGUCAUUGGAAAAUGGUAUUUAGAAAUCAGUUAGGCAGUAGUUGUGCUCUUUGCUACUGAGGUUUCACAGGCCGUCUCAAAGGACAGAGCUAGGAAAUACACACAUACGUGUGUGUGUGUGUGUACACUGGCCCAUGUGUGCACACAACUAUAUUUCUGUACGUGUACUUUACUAUAAUAAAUAUGUUUGUACUGAUCCCUCUGACUCUAAUCUGUAACCACAAGGCUUAUUUUAGCCUUCCCUUCCCCCCUUUGCUUAUUUGAACUUCGUUCUCUGACAGAAACUUGGCUUCCCACUAAAGAUGGUUUAUUUAUGUAUUUGUUAAACUCUAGUAUCAUAUAAAAUAGUUUCAUAAUUUUUAACUUGUACCCCUAUGAGAAACAAAUUUACAAUAUAACAUUUACAUACAGUUCUUUCUGUUUUUAGCCUUAAAGUACCAGUGAAAGCACUGUUUUCGAAGUUACUUAGCUCUGCUUUUUUCUCCACCCUCUUAUGUCAUAUACAUACAUUUAUAGUAAAGUUAGAUUUCUCAACAUCUUCAUUCAAUUCUGGGAUUCCCCGAUAUCCUGUUUUUUAUUUUAAAUUUUCAUUACUUUACUUUUUGUGCUGUAUAUUUCUGUGGGGUUUAACAGACAUAAAAUGUUACGUGUCUACCACCACAGUGCCAUACAGAAGAACAUUUACACCACUCUAAAAAGAAUCCCUUGUGAUACCUCUUGGUAGUCAGCCUCUACCCCCUCCCCCAGCCCCUGGAAACCACUGAACUGUUUUCCAUCUUUUUGUUUUGUAUUUUCCAGAAUCUCAUAUAAAUAUAGUAUGUAACCUUUUGGAUCUGGCUUCUUUCACUUAGCACAGUACAUUUAAGAUUCAUUGAUAGUGUUGCA